AUGAAAUUUUUCUUGCUUUUCGCAUUCCUGGGCGCAGCAGUUGCUGUCCCUGAUGAUGGUGACGAUGACAAGAUUGUGGGGGGCUAUACCUGCGCCAGGAACUCUGCCCCCUACCAGGUGUCGCUGAAUGCCGGGUACCACUUCUGUGGGGGUUCCCUCAUCAAUGACCGAUGGGUUUUAUCUGCUGCUCAUUGCUACAAAUCCCGUAUAGAAGUGAGGCUCGGGGAGCACGACAUUAUGCAGAUAGAAGGAGACGAGCAGUUUGUCAGCUCGGAAAAAGUCAUUCGCCAUCCCAGGUACAAUUCCUGGCUCCUGGAUAACGAUAUUAUGCUCAUCAAGUUGUCGGACCAUGCUGAGGUUUCCUCCCGCAUCGCGCCCAUCACCCUGCCCCAGGGAUGUGCAGCUCCCGGCACCGAAUGCCUGAUCUCAGGGUGGGGCAACACCCUCAGCGGUGGCGCUAACUACCCUGACCUUCUGCAGUGUGUGGAGGCUCCCAUCCUAAGCCACUCUGAGUGUGAAAACGCUUACCCCGGGCAAAUCACCGACAAUAUGAUCUGUGUUGGAUACUUGGAGGGUGGCAAAGACUCCUGCCAGGGUGAUUCCGGUGGCCCCGUGGUCUGUGAAGGGGCGCUCCAUGGUAUCGUUUCCUGGGGAAUCGGAUGUGCUCUGCCCGGUUACCCUGGAGUCUACACCAAAGUCUGCAACUAUAAUGACUGGAUCCAAGAAACCAUCGCUGCUAAUUAA